ACGAGUGUCAGGGCCCAAGCCCGGCAGACUGCGGACCCCACGCAAACUGCACCAACGUGCCUGGGAGUUACAACUGCACCUGCGUCCAUGGCUAUGAGCCCAGCUCUGGGAAAGCGAAGUUCAUGCACGCGAGUGAGAACAGCUGCCAGGUCCCCAGCAUUAACUCCAGCGUUCAGUUCGUGGCCAUCAAAGAGACGUUCAGGAAUUUCUCUCUGCAGGGAAAGCGGAGCAGCAGAAGCAGCAAUUUUUCCUCUUUCUUUAAUUCGACCUUCGACAUUUUGAUGUCCAUGUUUGGAGACGGGAAUGUGACGUUAUCACUGGAGAACGCGACUCUCCCUUUCAACUCGGUCCUGAACAGCACCUCCCCCUUGGAGGGUGGAGGCAAGGACGAGGUUGUGUCGGCUGUAACGUUCGUCCUGCAGACAGUGGAACUGUCCACGCUGGCCAUUGCGCUCCGGUCUCCGGAGAGGACAACACAGAACAUGACAACAGAGUCUCUGGCUAUCCAGACGCGGCUUGUCACAGGGAGCUGCAGCCAGCACAGCGAGGUCUUCACACUGAGCGCUCACGAGGAGACGAUGGUCGUGCACUGUGAUACAGUCACCGGGGCAGCCACACAAGCUGGUGUGGGGGCUGCUGCUUUUAUUUCCUACUCCACCCUGGACUCCAUCAUGAGUGUGAGACGUCUCAGCGAGGGAAAUCAACGGGCUGGUGGGAAGCUGGAGAAAAGUCACCUCAACUCCAGGGUGGUGACUGGGGCCAUUGGAGACGGGAGACCCAUUAACCUAUCCAGACCCGCAAAGUUCACCCUGCGACAUAAACAGGCCAAAAAAGAGGAGGAAGAGGCUCACUGUGUCUACUGGAAAGUGGUGGCCGAGAGCGGCAGCUGGUCUCGGGAUGGCUGCACCGCCGUGCACACGAACAGCACUCACACCACCUGCAGCUGUGACCAUCUCUCCAGCUUCGCUGUCCUAAUCGCUCCCACCGCAGUGACGGAGAGUUACCCACUGACCAUCAUCACCUACAUGGGACUGACCCUCUCUCUGCCGUGCCUCUUCCUGGCCAUCCUCACCUUCCUCCUGUGCCGCUCCAUCCGCAGCGUCAGCACCUCCCUCCACCUGCAGCUCUGCCUCUGCCUCUUCCUGGCCGACCUGCUCUUCCUCACCCAGGUGACCCGCCCCGGCAGUCAGGUGGCGUGUGCUGUCAUUGCUGGCUUCCUACACUACCUCUUCCUGGCCUGCUUCAGCUGGAUGUUCCUGGAGGGGCUGCACCUCUUCCUCACCGUCAGGAACCUGAAGGUCGUGAAUUACACCAGCACCGGCCGGUUCAAGAAGAGAUUCAUGUACCCGUUCGGCUAUGGAUUCCCAGCCCUGGUGGUGGCUAUUUCUGCAGCGGUGAAUCCUGGUGGCUACGGAACUUCUGAACACUGCUGGCUCAGCCUGGACAGAGGCUUUCAUUGGAGCUUCCUGGGACCAGUCUGUGCCAUAAUCCUGAUAAAUAUAACGUUCUUUGUGCUGAUCCUGUGGAUCCUCAGAAACAGACUCUCCUCCCUCAAUGCAGAUGUGUCCACCCUCAGAGACCACAGGUUACUGACCUUUAAAGCCAUCGCCCAGCUCUUUAUUCUGGGCUGCUCAUGGAUCCUUGGUCUCCUCCAAGUCGGCCCAGCAGCCACGGUCAUGGCGUAUUUAUUCACCAUCGUCAACAGCCUGCAGGGAGCCUUCAUCUUCCUGGUGCACUGUCUCCUCAAUCGCCAGGUGACAGAGGAGUACAGGAGAUGGAUCAGGGGUUUCCGAACGUCCAGCACAAAAUCUCAGAUGUCCGAUUUAUCCAUGUCUGCUGUCCCCACUACCAGCACCAAGAUGGAGUAACCAUUCUGCCAGGCGGAGUUGGCAGCAACCAGGGCUGGGUUCAAUACCUAGAGAAAACAGAACCAGCUGGAGCCCCCUGUGAUGUUGCACUCCAUGUGCUUUAUGGAAAUAUGCUUAUGAAUAUGACAUAACUGGAAUGUGCUUUACGCUAAAUACUCCUUAUGUUGUGUUUUUAGAAAGCUUGUAAUCUACUGAGUGUGUUCAUCGUAUUUCUUUGCAUAUAUUAUUUCUAUAUCUGGAGUUAGAAGAAUAAUAUAUAAACUUGUAUUGCUGAUGUAAACAUAUCAAGUGGAGGCCAUUAAGGGUGUUCCAGAAACAAUCAGUUGUAAAUGGCCUUAGCUACUUGAAAGCCUUCCUGUGUAUGUGUGGGCCAGCCCAUGGGGAAUGGCGACUAGGGCUCUUACAGUGACAUGUGACCAUGUCACCUGAUAAUGAAAUCAAUCUUAAAUCUGGUGCUUUUCCAUUUAGAAGAAGGGGUAGGGACCAAGAGAGACAAGAGAUCCCUGCCUUCUGCCAAAGCUAUAAAAGGGGAUGGAGCAGGACAAAGGGCUGCCAGUCAUGAGAAAACCCCUGCUUACCACCUGAGAUGUCUGCUGGGUUUAACAAAGACUGUACCUGGUGGAAGGCUUGUGCCCAGACUAGGAAGGAGUCUUAUCUGUGAAAGAAGCCUAUUGGAACAUCUUUGAGGGUGAGAUAUUACCGGUAAUCAAUUUCUUAAUGUAUUUGGCUUAGACUUGCGUGUUUUGUUUUAUUUUGCUUUGUGACUUACUUUGUUCUGUCCGUUAUUACUUGAAACCCCUUAAAUCUUACUCUUUAUACUUAA